AUGAAAAGAAGGGAGAUUUCAUGCUGGCUCGAUAAUUUGAAGUCAGAAUAUACAGCUGAAAUCUCCCAGCAAAUGAGAGAAGAUCAAGCAAUGAAUCAAUGCGAUUAUUUACUGAAAAAAUUAGGUGUUAUUCCUCCACCAAUUGCUAAACGUCUCGGCACACAUAUAUCUGCAAUUGUUGUUGAACCUCGAAACAAUGAAUUGCCAACAAAAGAAAAAAUAUCAAUUCAAAAUAACAAAUCAUUAGAAAUUCCAAAACAUCACAAUCAUAAAUCGAAAAAGAACUAUAUCACGAAAGAAACUCACGAAGUAAAACCCAAACAGCAACAUAAAAAAGGACAAAUAGCAUAUUAUGAAAAUGUCGUGGAUGAUUUACCGAUUCAAGAACAGAAAACAUAUACAAAAGAGCAUAAAAACGUUCAAAAUAUUCCUUCAAAAGAAAAUACUUCGGAAUCCAAGAAUAAACACACUGAAGUUGCAACACAAAUACAAAAUUCCCAAAAUCUUACAAGCAGGCCGACCAAAACUGCGCAAAAAGAAAUAAAUCAAGUAAGUUGUGAUUAUUCAAAGCUACAAGUGAAUAAACAACCUAAUAAAAAUGUAAAUAUUAUUGAAACAAUUAAAGAAGCAGAAAGAAGUCAGGUUGUAGACGAAAAACCAAAAUUGAAUCAAGAAUUACUACAACGCAAAGUCAACCAAUUUAUUCUUGUUCAAAAAUCUUUAGUAUUUUUUAGAUGGCAAGAAAAAUCAUCAAAAGUCAAGAGGAAAGAAUAUACUGUAGCAACUUUGAGUAAGCUUCGUCUUAUUCGCAAAAGUUUCAAACAAUGGAAAGCCAAACUUGAUUUUAAACUUGAACAAAGGAGAAAAUAUGAAGAAGAAUGUAAACAAAGGAUUCAUAGUGCUAAACUUCAAAGACAACUUCAUACAGCAAAAAUCAAGCUUAAUACAUUAACCAUUGCAUUAUUCUUCAAUAAAUGGCUUAAGAGGAUGAGAAAGAAGCCAGAAACUCCAUCAAAGCAGCAGCAACCAAAGAAAGUUCCUGUAUAUCUUCGUCCUCCUGAUGUUUUGAAGAGAAAACCAUCUCCUCUUCCUAUAGUUGCUGAUCCUAGAGCAGAAGAGUUAUUGAAACGCGCGAAAGAGUCUAAAGAGAAGAAAAUCAAUGAAGCCAAAGAAAGGAUGAAACAAGACGAGCAAGAAAAGAGAAAACAAGAAAAAAUGAAGAAAAUUGAACAAAAGAAGCUUAUUGAGGAACACAAAAAGAUGCUUGAGCAUCAGCAUCAACAAAGACAAAAACAAGAAAACGAAAGAAUUCAAGCACACAAGAACUUUGAGAAGAUGAUUGCUGAAAAAGAGCAAAUGUUGAAACUUGAAAAAAUCGCAACAAAUUACAGAAGGAAACAUUUAUCCUCUUUAUGGACUUUAGCAAUGAAGAAACUUGCUCAAAGAGAUGUUAUCGCAAUUCAACAUCAUGAAAAGAAACUUCAAAGAAAAGCAUUUAUUGCUUUCGGAAAUAUGGUAUUAAGAAAAGAAGAAAAACAAGUUAAAGAAGCAGAACAAUUUAGAAAUCGGCAUUUAAAGAAAUAUAUGAUUAACUUGCUCAUGAAGAAUGUAAAUUCUGGUAAAGCUAAAAUUGAAAGAGCUCAAAAUGCAAUUAAACCUCUCAUGCUCAAAGCAUAUUUCAAUGAAAUGAAAGAAGCAUAUAUUGAUGUAGUUAGAAGAAAAGAAUUUACUGCUCAAUCAUUCUAUGAGAAAAGAUUAUUGAAGAAAGCUUUCCAUGCAUUUCCAAUUGGUGCUAAAAAACUCAAUGAAGAUGAAUCGAGAGAAAAGAAAAGAGAAGAUCUUAUGGCUAAGGCGCUUCAAUAUCUCCAUGAAAAUGAAUUUAAGAAGACCUCUGAACUUAAUGUUAAUCUCACAAUUAAAUUAGAUCCUAUUGAAGAUAAAAUUGAGGAAGAAGAAGAUACUUAUGACUCCGAUAUAUUUUAG